AUGGUGGAGACUGAUUCUUAUUCUUUAUUUCAAAUGGUGAGAGGAUUAGCUGCUGUUCCAUGGAAGAUGCAAUAUCUACUUGAAAGGAUUAAGAUGCUGUUUGGCUUUCUGAAUUUGCAAAUCAAACACAUAUAUAGGGAAGCUAAUAGUCUGGCUGACUUCUUAGCUUCCUUUGCAGUUAAAUCAGAACAGUACACUGAGUUUUCUGCAAAUAAUAUUCUGCCAUCCAUUGGAAGACUGAUAUUGCAACAAGAUUUAUAUGGCUUUCCCUAUGCCAGAUUGAAGAGUUUGAUAUGUGAUCAAAGAGAAGAAUCAAGAGCAGUUCUUCAGUUUCUGUUGGCUGCUCCUUUUCCAAUCUGCUUGGACUAUCUUCUGGACUUCUUUUGUGAGCUUUUGAGUUUGGAUGAUCAG